CUAGUGGAGCAAAGGCCCCUUCUUUCCCUCCGUUGCCAUUCUCACUCCAGAAGCUGCUACUGCCCGGGCCAGCCGCCGCCACUGAGAGUGAGCUGAUCUCGGCUGCCCCAGCUCCUCCACUCUCGAAGCUACCCUGCCUCAGUCUCUGUAGCUUAGCUACCUUUCUCCUCUUUUCCAUGGCGUCAGGGGAGGCAGAGCCGCUGCAGUACACGACCACCGUGCUGCGGGUGUCCAUCCACUGCGAGGGGUGCAAGAAGAAGGUGAAGAAGGUGCUCCACAGCAUCGAAGGCGUGUACAAGGUGACGAUCGACGCGACGCAGCACAAGGUGACGGUCACCGGCAGCGUGGCCGCCGACGCGCUCGUCAGACGGCUGCUCAAGUCCGGCAAGCACGCCGCGCUCUGGCCGGUGCCGGCGCCGGCGCCGCCCGCCACAGAGGCCAAGAAGCCUGAGGAGGCCCCGUCUGCCGGGAAGGGCGGCAAGGGCGCGGAGAAGGCGGACGCCAAGCCCAAAAAGGUGGCCGACGAGGCAGAGCCGGAGAGCUCGGAGAAGCCAGACAAGGACGAACGUUCAGAGAAGAAACCAGAGAAAGCAGCGGCGAAGAAACCCAAGGACGAGGCCAAGGAGGAGGGAGAGGAUCCUGAGAAGAAGGAGAAGGGCUCGCCGGAGCCGCCAGCCAAAGAAGCGGCGGCCGCCGACGAGGCCCCGGAGGCGGGGGGCAAGAAGGGGAAGAAGAAGAAGAACAAGCAGCAGAAGGAGGUCGGCGACGGGGACGCCGCUACGGAGAAGCCGCCUCCGCCGCAGCAGCAGCAGCAGCAACAGCAGCCAAAGACAAAGCAGCCACAGCCGCAGCAGGCGAUGCCCCCCGUGCCGGCGCCGGGGCCGGGACCAGAGCGCGCGCACGGCCACGGCGGCCCGUUCCCGUACUACGCGCCGCAGCCGGUGAUGAGCUACAACAUGGCGCAGCCGAGCGCGAGCGUGUCGUACUACGCGCCCACGCCGGUGGCGUCCAUGCAGCCAAUGCCGCCUCCGCCGCCGUACGGCGGGUACUCGCCUUACCCGCCGAUGAUGAUGCCGCCGCCGCCGCCGCCGGAGUACAUGUACGGCCCGCCGGGCAUGCGGUCGUCCCCGCCGCAGGAGCCGUACAACAACAUGUUCAACGAGGAGAACCCCAGUUCCUGUAGCGUCAUGUGACGCCGCCGCCGCGCCGCCGCCGGCACGGGAUCGAGUCUGUAGUUAAAAGUGGGGGAUGGGGUGGGGGAGGCUUCGUAAUAGAAGCUGAGGUUUGUCUAGGCUGAGUGGAGUACGUACCCUCUUAAUUAGGUGGUCAAAGCUCUUAUUGACCACACUUUUUUUCUCUCUUCAAAUUUUCGACUUGAUUAGCUCGUCAUGUAGCGACAUGAGUAUUUUAUUUCACUAAUAUGCUUAUUUUUGCUA